AUGCAGAUGUUGGUCAUCCUUCUUUUAUUAAAUUUCAUUUCUGCAAACCCAGCGCUGCGUUCAAUGCCACAAUUGAACCCAGUUAUGAGGUAGGCUUUAUUUUUACUUUUCACGACUCCUUUUUGUCGUGUUUUCCCGUAAAGGCUGGACCAAUUUUGCUGACUUUAAGGUAUUACCGAUUGAAAUCCCAGCCUGCUGACGAGAAUUCCCUGCCUAAUGAGAGACCAGUCCGGGCGACGCCUUUGGCCAGUUCCGGCCGUAACUGUUUCUUUAGUCCAGUACAAUGUCGUCUGCCCGUCAGUAAGGUGAGGUCAAUGGAUAGCUCCGGACAACGUCUUUUUCUAAACGAUCAACCAGGAUUAGGGAUCUUCGACCGAAUGCGGCGUUGGAAUAAGUAUUAA